AAGGCCCGGGGCGGCGGGGGCAGCCCGCGGGGCUCCGUGCUGUGCCUCUGAGCCGUCUGGCCGUCGCGCUUGCUGCCAUCCAGCUUGCAAACUGGAAGGUUUAUGAGAUGUCUCCAGGAGAGGAUGAGUUAUUGUUGCAUUUCGUCUCUUAUUGCAUAAUACUGCUCUUUCGGCCAUUUUUUUUUUUUUUUUCCCUGAUGACCUCUUGCCUUUUAUCGAGGAAGGCAGUGCGAAGGGUGCCAUGUGGAGCAGGGGCUCGGAAAGAGAGGAGGGAAUUGGACACAGGGCAAAACGGACAUGCGCUUGUCACUGUCUACUUUGAUUUGAUCCAAGCAACUAACGAAACAAACGUGAAUAUUCCUCAGAUGGCUGAUACGCUUUUUGAGCGAGCAACAAAUAGUAGCUGGGUGGUCGUAUUUAAAGCCUUAGUCACCACACAUCAUCUAAUGGUUCAUGGCAAUGAGAGAUUUAUUCAGUACCUGGCAUCUAGAAACACAUUGUUCAAUCUCAGCAAUUUUCUGGACAAAAGUGGAUCUCAUGGUUAUGACAUGUCCACCUUUAUAAGGCGUUAUAGUAGAUACUUGAAUGAAAAAGCAUUUUCCUACAGACAAAUGGCAUUUGACUUUGCAAGAGUGAAGAAAGGAGCUGAUGGUGUAAUGAGAACAAUGGCACCUGAAAAGCUGCUGAAGAGUAUGCCAAUAUUGCAGGAACAAAUUGAUGCACUACUUGAAUUUGAUGUUCAUCCAAAUGAACUGACAAAUGGUGUCAUAAAUGCUGCGUUCAUGCUUCUGUUUAAAGAUCUUAUCAAACUUUUUGCUUGCUACAAUGAUGGGGUUAUUAACUUACUAGAGAAAUUUUUUGAAAUGAAAAAGGGACAAUGUAAAGAUGCUCUUGAAAUCUACAAACGAUUUCUUACUCGAAUGACCAGAGUAUCAGAGUUUCUUAAAGUUGCAGAGCAAGUUGGAAUUGACAAAGGUGAUAUCCCUGAUCUUACGCAGGCUCCUAGCAGUCUCAUGGAGACCCUUGAGCAACAUCUAAACUCACUGGAAGGAAAAAAACCUGGCAACAAAUCUGGGGCUCCUUCUCCUCUGAGCAAGUCUUCGCCAGCCACAACUGUUACAUCUCCUAGUUCUACUCCAGCAAAAACUAUUGAUACAUCUCCUCCAGUUGAUCUUUUUGCAACUUCAUCUACAGCUGCUCCAGUCAGCUCUUCCAAACCAUCCAGCGAUCUUCUGGAUCUUCAGCCAGAUUUCGCCGCUACUGGGCAGGCAGCUCCAGCAGCCCCUGCUGGAGCCACUUCAUGGGGAGACCUCUUGGGAGAGGAUAAUCUGGCUGCACUUUCCGGUGUUACCUCUGAGCCACAGAUUUCAGAUCCAUUUGCCCCAGAGCCUAGUGCAACUACUGCUGCAACUACUGAUACUGCAACUACUUCAGCUGCCGCUGCUACAACCACAACUAUUACUGCUGCCACUGCUGAAGUGGAUCUCUUUGGAGAUGCCUUUGCAGCUUCUCCUGGGGAAGCCCCUGCAGCGGCUGAAGGGGCAGCAGCACCAGCUACCCCAACCCCUGUAGCAGCAGCUCUUGAUGCAUGUUCAGGAAAUGACCCCUUUGCCCCAUCCGAAGGUAGUGCAGAGGCUGCUCCUGAGCUGGACCUCUUUGCUAUGAAGCCAACAGAGACUGCUGUUCCUGUAGUUACCCCUACAACUAGUGCAGCCACUCCAGUUCCUGCAACAACUCCUUCUCCAGCUGCUGCUGUUGCUGCUGCUGCUACUGCUACUACAGCUACUGCCACUACCACUACCGCCACCACUACUGCUACCACCACCACCUCCGCUCCUCCUGCUCUAGAUAUCUUUGGUGAUUUAUUUGAGUCUGUUCCUGAUGUACCCGCAGCACCUAAACCAGAUGCUACUCCUAGCAUAGAUCUCUUUGGUACAGAUGCUUUUUCAUCUCCGCCGCAUGGAGCUUCUCCUGUGCCUGAGAGUUCUCUCACUGCUGAUCUCUUAUCUGUGGAUGCAUUUGCAGCCCCCUCUCCUCUACCCACUGCCUCUCCAGCAAAGGUGGAUUCUUCAGGUGUGAUUGACCUAUUUGGUGAUGCUUUUGGAAGUAGUGCUUCUGAACCCCAGCCCGCAACCCAGGCUGCUUCUAGUUCCUCAGCUUCUGCAGACCUACUUGCUGGCUUUGGAGGUUCUUUUAUUGCUCCCUCUCCAUCACCAUCCCCAGUCACUCCAGCUCAAACCAGCUUACUACAGCCUAACUUUGAUGCAGCUUUUGGGACAACAGCUCCAACGACUGGCAGUUCAUUUGAUGCAUCAGUGUUUGAUGGCUUAGGUGAUCUUCUUAUGCCAACUAUGGUUCCUUCGGGCCAGUCUAUAGUACCUUCAGCCACAGCAACAGUCACUGCUUCAGCAGCAAGCAAGGGCCUCGGGAGCGAUCUUGAUUCAUCUCUUGCAAACUUAGUAGGCAAUCUUGGCAUUUCUGGUACCACUUCGAAAAAGGGAGACCUUCAGUGGAACGCUGGAGAAAAGAAGCUAACAGGAGGAGCCAACUGGCAGCCAAAAGUAGCACCUGCAACAUGGUCAACUGGUGGUGUCCCCAGCGGUCCAUUGAAAGGCUGGGCAAUACUGUACAGCACGGGAGCCGUGCCUCCGGCAAGUGCUGUUCCUACCACAGGAGGUACUCCACCUGUCCCACAGCCAGGAGCAGCAUUUGGGAUGCCCCCAGCAGGCACAGGUGUACCAAUGAUGCCCCAGCAGCCAGUUAUGUAUGGGCAGCCUAUGAUGAGGCCACCAUUUGGAGCUGCCACUGGCCCUGGUGUACAGCUGCAGUUUUUCUGACUGGAUGAUAAAAACAUGAGUUUGGAGUCUACAAACAGAUGCUCAGAGUUUCAAAGUGAGCCACCAGUACCAAACCCAGCGCUUACUCAGACUUUCUCUUCCUCCUGAAACGUGUAGCACAGCUGUGAAAGUGAACAUUAGGAAUGUGUACUACCUUAGCUGUUAUCCCUACUUUCUCGAAAUUUGUGUACUUGGGUUAUUUGUGUUUUACAAUUUAAACAAUGGAUGUAUGUUUCUGAUGCCUUCUAGUGCUUUUCUGAACCUAUCCCAUGGGGGCAGAUUAUGCAGCUGUUGUUUGGUGAGCCAUUUGGAGCGAUGUCUGUGGUUUUUUGAAGGUUUCAAUGUAUAUAACUUUUUGAGGACACCUAAAAUUUCCCUAGGACUUAAUUUCUCCUUUAUCUGUUACGAAAUAUAGUGUGAUAAUACCAGAUAGUAAGAAAAAUACUUAUAAAAUUGUGCGGAAUACAUUUUUUUUUCUCCCGGUCACAGGAAUCUCAAUUGUCGUGGAAAAAAAUGUUUUAUUUUUGUGGCACUGUAUAUGUUAAGAUAAUUUAAAGUAAUAUAAACUUCCAUAACAACUACUUUUUCGAUGACUUACCAAGAAUGAAAAAUCAUAUCUGAAAGAAUACCAUAUUUAUUGCUGGUUUUAUUUUUUAAUCUAUUUUAAUUAUUUAAGUUUUUGCAUUUAAAAUUGGCUUAUUUAUCAGUUCUUGCUAAAUGCACUGAAAAUGUAAAGGGUCAGUUUCUCUCCGUGUAGUUGGAAAAAGCAACCAUAGUUGUGCUGGCAUUAAGGGAUUUCAAAUACAAGAGCACUCUUUGGUGUAUCUGUAGUCAAAACAUUACAAGUGAUGUUACCCAUUUCUGUUCAGUUCUUACGUACAUCUCUUAAUUUAGUGCUUACCUGUGUAUGCCUUAGGCUAGUGUUUUCUCCAUUGCCCCGAAUGCGCUGUGAGUAGCUUUUGUACUAUUGGUGAUUAGAUUUAAUUCUGAUCCAGAGAUCCAUGCCCUUUACUGUACAUACUGUGUUUCUUUAAUUUUUAUUUGUUCUCAUACUGUUUCUGCUGAUGGCUUGGCGUAAGAUCUUGACUCUUCGAUGAGGUCACUGUUGAUCAGUGUUACAAGUGGCUUGGCAGUUCUCUGUAAAAGCAUAUUGGGUUGGAAAGAUAUUCACCUAAAGUCUUUCAAAUGAACUAUUUAAUCAAUGUAUGGUACCAUUAAAAGUGGUUGUAUCUGAAUUUGCUGUGGGGAUAACAUACACCGUAAUGGGAAAGUUCUAGAAAAAGCUAAUUUCAAAAUGGCUUUUCUUUGUAUUUCAGUUUAAAAACAACGAAAAAAACAAAACAAAACAAAAACCCCCAGUGCAUGUGUGCCCUCUGAGAUGCAAUAAACACCUUGAUCAAAGUAAA